AAAAAAAAAAAAGUCAUACUACGUAAUCUUUUUUUUUUUUCAUACAACACUCUUUUUCUUCUUUAUUCUUUUCUUCAAUAAUGAGUUUAAAUUGGGUUAUGCUGACACAAGAUGGUACUGCACCAGUACCCCUACCACAAGAAAAGAUAUUCUUUACUCAGUCUCACGUCAAAAUGGUACUGGACUGUAAUGAAACAGGAUAUCCCGGAAACUCCGAAGGUUACUAUGAAUCGGAUAAAGGAACUGUUAUUUUAUCAAAUCAAAGAAUUAUCUAUUUAGCACAAAACCCCACGCCAGAAUUUAAAAAUUUGAAUGUACCCGUUUUAAAUUUCAAAAACUGGAAACUAGAGCAGCCUUGGUUUGGAGCAAAUUUUGUCGCGGGUGUUGUGAUUCCAGUUCACGGUGGUGGUUUAACAAAGGCUGGAAAUUUAAAGAUUACAUUUUCAGAAGGAGGUGCGAUUGAAUUUACAAAUAUCCUUCGUAAUUUACUGGAAAGGAUUGGAGAGUCAAAUGAGGUGCCAAGAGAGUAUGAACCAUUACCUGCUUACCAAGGAGGAUCCAGUCAACCUGCAGAUGACUUGCCGCCCCAAUACUCAGCCUAAAUAAAAACAUCUGGUGCCAAAUAAGGCCGAUCAGCCUUUAUCUAUGGGAUGUCGGUCACCCAAUGCCACUCUGCUGUUCUAUUCCUUCCAUACCCUCUUUGAAAACAAUUCAGGGCAAAGUUUCACGUCUAAUAAUUUUUAAUUUGAAUAAUAAAAAAAAAAUCCCAAAAAAGUGGCACCCAAAAA